AUGGAGAAACUGAAGAAAAAACAAGCGGUCGUCCGAGCUGCGGUCACCAGGAUUAUCAACGAGAUGACCACAGUAAUGAAAGGAGCUCCAUCGCAGCAAGGUGAGCUUGACGAAAAACUUUCUCUCCUUGCUUUGAAAGAAAAAUCGCUUCGUGAGCUUGACCAACAAGUAGCCGACCUGACUGACGUGAACGAUAUCGAGGAGGAAACGGAAGCUAGCCUCGGUUACGAAGAUGCUAUCAGCAUAGCCAGAACUAGAGCCUUGAGGCAGCUACAAGAAGUCACGAACAACGAGACAACCUCCUCUACCUCUAGCAACGUGUCGCGUAUGGAGGUACAAAGGGGUAACGGCGCAACUGUCCCAAAUGUAAAGCUACCCAAAUUGGAGUUACCGAAGUUCAACGGAGAGCUGGCGGAGUGGCAGACACUCUGGGAUCAGUUUCAAUCCUCAAUCGACCAGAACCCAGCAUUGUCUCCCGUAGACAAGUUCAAAUACCUCAAAGUGUAUUUGGUCGGCCGAGCGGAGUCUGUCAUCAAAGGUAUUCCGGUAACCGGGGACAACUAUGGCACGGCCGUAGAACUACUGAGGAAGAGGUUCGGCCAACCCUCCGUCAUCGUCAACGAUCACCUCACGCACCUGUUGAACGUUAAACCAAACACUAUGUCAGACGCAGCGAAUGGGCUCCGCAGGCUCUAUGACGAUGUGCAGACACGCAUGCGGAGCCUCAAAAGCUUGGGAGUUGACUCAGAUUCGUAUGGGGUACUGUUGCACACUGUUCUCCAGAGAUCUCUUCCUCCUGAGCUCAUUAUCAGAUACAAUCGGAGUUUGAUUGUCGAAAAGCGACCACAGAACGAAGGUAGAGACGACCUCGCGAGGUUGCUUGAGUUUAUUGAAAUCGAGGUGGAAACCAGAGAAAAAUGCCGACAGCUCACUCCCCACGCGAACCAACGAACGGCACCCGAAUCGCGCCACCGAGAGUUUCGCUCCGAAAGGGGAGGCUCUGCGGCAGCAUUGACCAGUGCCGCGAAGUCAGAAAUGAGGCGCUGCGUCUUCUGCGGCUCUAACGAGCACAUCUUGGAGAAGUGUACGUCACCCCUUACGAUCCAAGAAAAGAAGGAAAAACUGAAGGCGGAGAACAGGUGCUUUCGGUGCACAAAGCAGUUCCAUCGCUUCCGAGAUUGCAGGUCCGCCAAGAAACUAUCGUGGGCAAGGUGUUCUAGGAGACAUCUAACCGUGAUGUGCGACCCCGAGUGGGCAGGAGCAGGGCAGUCGACGAGCUCUGACUCAAACCCACCUCAGUUUAUUGGUAUCUCGAGCGCCUGUACAACCAGCCACAAUCAGGUGCUCCUUCAAACGGCCAGGAUGCGAGCGAGGGGUCAGACCGAGACUUCCCUGCGAGCACUAAUCGAUGGAGGCAGUCAGCGAACCUUCAUCCGUCGAGACACCUCCGAAAAACUACGAUGUAGACCAGUUGGAGAGGAGGAGUUUACGAUAUUCGCUUUCGGUGAGUCGGCGCGUGGUACGAAAAGAAGAUGCCGCCGGGUGGAGCUUAUACUUCGAAGCCACCACGGAGACGCCGAAAUCGUCAUCGAGGCCUUUGAGGUUCCGGAUAUCUGCGGAGAGAUUUUCGGCAUCACUGAUGGUGAUCUGAUCAACAGCCUACAAGGGCAAGGGAUCACACUCGCUGAUCUACCUGUGGGGGACUGUCAAAGGGAGCGUGGAGUGAGCAUUCUAAUAGGAGCGGAUUACUAUUGGAGGGUCACCACCGGGAACGUGCAUCGCGUCAGCCUUUCACUGACCGCCGUGGAGACUAUCUUCGGGUGGUCUCUGCAGGGCCCCCUGAAGGUGAACAACGCUGCCAACGUAUGCGUAACGACAGCCGUCUUCAGAGUCAACGUUGACGAGACCCCAGGGUGCAUCGCAACUGAACUGCGUGCAUUCUGGGAUCUUGAAAGCCUUGGCAUUAAGGACACCUUCCAGAGUAGCGAAGGUAAUGAGCCACCGAAAGAACUGGUGACUUCUUUCAACUCGUCCCUGAUAAUGACUGACGGCAGAUACGAGACCCGCCUCCCUUGGAAGACCUCAGAGCGUCAAUUGACGAACAACAAGGAGGUUGCUUCUAUGCGCUUGACAGCCUUGCUGAAGAAACUUCGCCGAGACAACUGUCUGCUAACGCAGUAUGACAAGUCGAUAACGGAAUAUAUGAGCAACGGCUUUGCUGAAAGAGUUCCCCCUGAGGAUGAAGACGGGCCCAGUGGCAUGACGCUGACUCUACCAAGGCUUGAACUCAUGGGAGCCUUAUUGGCGCCAAGGUUGCACCACUAUCUCAUCGGCACGCUGAGGACACCGCUGCAGGCUGUCUACCUUUGGACUGAUUCGACCAUCGCCAUGCACUGGAUCAAGGGGUCUGCCUUGAAGUGGAAGCCCUUUGUCGCGAACCGCGUAACGGUAAUUCAGCAACUGACGAAUCCUGUGCAAUGGGGGCACUGUCCAGGCAACAAGUUCAGCUGCGACUGCAGGAUCUCCUGGAUCGCAAAUUUGGCAAACGCCACCAGGAACGACAACUUCCGGCGCGAGCUGCGGCACAUCAAGUGCGAUUUCGCGGCGGCCGACGGUGCGACGGUUACCAGCAGCAAGGUGGCCCGUCUCAGCGCCAAGGAGCUCAACUGCCCCGAAGACCACGAGAAGCCCAAGUUCGAGAACUCCAACCCCGACGCUAAAGUCGACAGCACGACAAUGACCACCGUCGCUUCGCCGGACGAAGGCGAAAUCCUCGAACACCGGGACGACAGGGACCAGAUCGAAGAGGAGGAAUCCGAAGAGGGGGUGGUCUUGGAGACGCGGGACGACGCGACCGCAACGACGCAGACAAUGAAGAACGAGAUUGACAUGGUGCUGAGUCAGCGGAAGGUGAUGCAGAAGCAAGCCGCCCACUCGCGGAAAGACAACGGAAACUCCGGCACCUCGCUGGUCAGCUUGAGCAUCACGCUGCAGCUUUUCUUCGCAGUAGUGGCGAGCGGGAUGACCACCGCAGUGUUUUUAGUCCGGCAUAGCUGA